AUGAUCACGACAGUGUGGUUUACAGAGCUUGUGUCUACAUCAUUGAACUCACGUUCACAAAGGCGCAAUCCUGUCUACAAGUUAGAUAAUGUAGGCGCAAGCUUUAUAAAACACGAUCCAAACGUUAAGUGGGGAAACUGGACACAGUCUCACUACAGAACAGUCACUGCUCAACUUCGCUUGUCCAUCAAGCAAAGAAGUAAUUCUUCAACAGUUUUAUGGAAUAAAGAUGGUAUUUUAAAAGGCAUUGAUUAUGAAAAUGGAAAUUUUACUAUUCAAACCCAGGGUCUCUAUUUUGUCUACUGUCACCUGCACUUUAACAUAAAUAACUGCUCAGAUGAAGAUCAAGACCUUUGGACAAAGUUGAAUGUGAACGGUAAAGAGAAGUAUCAAGUAUUGUACACAGUCGCCAAGCAACAGGACUGUAACAUUAGACACAAAAACUUCAGAGAUCAGCAUUUGAAUUUACAAAUAAACCUACAAGUAUCUGACAAUGUCUCAGUUGAAACAAGUCAUAUUCAUUAUCUUAACAGAAAUUAUUUGGCACAGAGCAACCUUUUUGGAGCGUUUCUGUUAUAA